GGGGAGCUAGCCAUCGAAGUGCUUUAGAGGACCACAAAUUGCAAGUAAGACGUAUCUAUCUAUCCACUGCAGACCGGACAGCAAGUCAGACAGGCACACAGCAGGCAGGCAGGCCACUCACUCAGUACAAGGAGGGAGGGAGACAGAUGUGUGUGGGUUGGUUCACUAGCCGCCAAAGAGAUAGAUGGAUGGAUGGAUGGAGUGAUGCAGUGAUGCCGUCUGUCUGCAUUAUGUAUGCAUGCAUGCAUGUAUGUGUAUGUAUGUAUGUAUGUAUGCGAUAGAUGGAGCGAUCAGAUCCCUCCCCCCACACUACAAGACAAAACAACACAACACACGACACGACAAGACAAGACACGACAACAAAUUACACAUCAACACGCACUCCAAGCCCCAGUUAGUUAGUUAUCAACGUACGUACAAAAGCAGACAGACGACCAAAAGAAGCAAGGAAGGAAGCCAGCCGGACAGCCAGGUAUGUACCUAGUGAACCAACUUGUCCAUGCCAUGCAAACGAAAAUCAAGCAUCCAUCCACCCGAAUGAAUGCUAUGUCCAUCCCUCCCUCCCUCCCUCCCUUGGUCCGUCGUGUGUCGAGUCCAUCAGGGUGCAUACAUACAUACAUACAUACAUAGGUACGUCCAUGCGGACUCUCGUAUUGAGAAUACAUGCACGCACCUGCACACCCGAUACGAUCGAUACACACCACACCACACGACCGCCGGCAAAGGGGGCCCCACCCGCCCACCCACUAAAGACAGACACACACAACCCCCAAAACACGGCGUAUGCAUGCACAUCCACCCACCCACCCAUGCCAUACACGUGCACACAUGACGAUAAAACAACCGUCCCAUCAACCAGCCAACCAACAAUGACCAACGAAUCAAUCAAUCGAUGAGGCAUGGGCGGGUGAGUGCAUAAAUAAAACACAACCAUUACAGAGAGAGGUAACUUGCCUAUAGCCGUCAGUCACACCACACACACCACACCCAUGGAUGGACGGAUGGAUGUACAGAAAAAGACACACACACAUCAAGAGAUCAAGAGAUCAAGACAGACAGACAGACAGACAUCCAAGCGAACGAGGGAGGAGAUGGGCAGACCGGCAGGUAGACAGGCAGACAGAUAGAUAGGCAGAUGGAGGGGCAUGGAGGGGCAGGAAGUAAGCGAGUUACUUACUGCGUUACCUACACUUGUGCAGGGAGGGCACACAGACAGACGCACGUACCGUACAGGCCCAGACAUGCAGACAGACAGACAGACAGACAUGUGAGUGAGUGUGUAGCUAGGUCCACGCAUCCACUCACUCCACUAACUCACCCCUCUACCCCCAUGGAUGUAUAUGCACUCACUGCACGGGUGUACUGAGUGCGAGUGCGAUGGAUGGAAACGGACGGAGUGGUCCAUGUCCUGUGCUGUGCUGGCUUGAUGAAUGAAUGAAUGAAUGGAUGAAUAAAGCACACACAACGUAUACCGAUACGUAUACACACAUAGAUAGCAUAGCUUGAUGUGUGUAUGUGUAUUGGUAUGUGUUAUGUGAGUAGAUGAGAUGGAGUCGGCAGGCAGGCACUCACUCACAAGCAGCGGGGGGGCUCGGUUCCACCACUCAUGGCAUGUCACACUGACUGAGGGCACACACACACACAAAGAAAGACAUAGAUAGGCAGAGAGUGAGUGACAUUGACUAGAGGAUGGGAGGGAGGAGAAAGCACUAACUAGUCUGUUCGUGUGUUCACGAACCCACUCACACACAGUGGACUUGCCUAACGCGUUGGUAUGAGUACAAAUGCAUGGGCUUCUUUAUACGUACGUACUUGAGGAAGGCAGCCAACGCGCCAGGACUCAGUUUCGCCAGUUGCAGCACAAGUAGACUACCUCACUCACGGGGCUGCACACACACACAGUACGGACACGGACACACAGACAGACAGACCGACAGACGGACGGAUGCACUCACUCACUCACUCACGGAGAGAGCAGCGAGAGGCCCCAUAGCACGUCAGUCCCCUCACUAACUCACUAACUGAAGCACACCCCUCUCUCCUCUCUCCCUCCCUCUGUUUCCCUCUCUCCCUUUCUGCUUGCUUACAUGUCCUUGUUGCCUAUGUCCCCCCUCUGUGUGGCCAUGUGCAGUGCCCGCGACCUCGGGGUCAGGUCACCAUGCGCCUCCUCAGGAAUUGCAAGCACACCGCUGCUGUUGGUACCCUCUGAAGACCCCUGCCGCGUCAACCAAGACGACUGGACCCCCACAGCCGCCAUGCCCAAUGCAGGCUCGGAAUUGGCGCUGUUUGGCGGGACGGUGGUAGUGGCGCGGCUGCCUACUUCACCCUCGUCAAGCACACGCGAGAAUAUGUCCAACUUGUGCUUGCGGAGCAGCUCCGACAGCUUGGUUGUGGUCGCGCCAGUGGCAGUGGCCGUGGCGUGCAGUGGUUCCUCGUCUGUCGCCCUGUCGUUGGUGCCAUCGGGAGGCGUCUUGGACAGGGUGGUGGGCGUGUUGGUGUCCAAGGGUGUCAUGUUGUCGGCGUCCGUGGGGUCCAGCUGCUCGGUGGUGAGCGUGGGGGCGGCCUCGUAGGCCUUGUUGGGGUUGGCGCGGCGCCGCCGGCCGCAGCAGCCGCCAUUGAGAAACCAACUGGUGACUGCCUGCCAUAUGCACUUGCGGAUGCCGACCACGGCGUGGAACAUCUUGCUCUUGGCCCGCUUGGGGAAUUGCAACUCCACGUCGAGACCCAAACCGCUGGCCGCACCUGCACGUGGACACCAACAGGUGCAGUGCAGGCGUUGGUUGCAUGCAUCGACUGCCUCGUGUGCGUGGGUGGUGCUUGCCUUGCCUUUCGCACGUCUGUGUGUGUGGGUCUGUGUGUUGCUCACUGUGUUUGAGGACUUGUGUGUGCAUGUUUUGCUGUCUGGAGAGUAUCUGUGAGACCAUCUCCUCGUCGUCCAGCAGCGCCACGUGCAAAUCCUCAACCUGACAACAAACAUCAAUCAAACAACACAAGACAUCGGCCGGCCUCCCUCCCCCCCUCCCUCUGAUGUCCUUGUCUUACUAACCGUCAUGCCCAGCUGUAGUGCCUCUGAUCGAGCGUCCCUCGCGAGCCGGUCGAAGGCCUGACGGAUGCCCACUAUCAGACGAACCUGCACACAUACACACAGGGAGGGAGGGAGGGAUGGAUGUGGUGUUGGUUGGCUCUCUCUGAUCACAUCAUGUGUGCCUAUCUAUCUAUGUAACAUACCUUUUGUAUGGCACAUCUCCACCGCACCCGCGGGUGCUUCUUGAAGGCCGCCUCCGCAUCAGCCGGGGUGCCACUCCCGCUCACACUCAGCAGCCCGGCUGACGUCUUGCUGCUCUUCCAUACCUUGCGGAAUAGGCUCACUGCAGACUCGCUGCCCGUCGAGGGGCGGCCGCUCGCAAUGCUUGACGUGUUGGAUGGCAGACGGAAGAACGAAUGCAGCUUCUUGACGCUACGCCCACGGGGGAGGGCCGCAGGGUCGUUACUGCCGUCGGCAGUCUUGCUCAGGUCAUCCUCCCCGGCCUCCUUCUUGUCUGCCGCAAUAGGCGCAGCAGGAGGUGUAUUGUCCUGUUCAUCGGCGCUCUCGAUUCCGCUGCUGCGGUUGCUGUCGUGUGUGGUGGUCCGCUCCAGCACCGCACCAGCGGGCGGGGGCGGCAAAAGGAGCUUGCCGGUGCCCCCAUCACCCACACUACCAUCGCCAUCGGCCGUCGCGUUGUCUCGCCUGGAUGUGGCGUCGAGAUCCUCCUCCUCAAUGCUCUCGAGGUUGCUCUGGUUGGUCUCCUUGCGCAGCAGGGACCUCGGCGCCGUUGCAGGUGGUGGGUCCUCAGCCUCACCGUCGGAUUGGCCCCUAACCGAGUGAUCGGUGUCGCUCUCCUCCCCGCCCACGGCACUCUCGAGCAGCCCACAGGUGCCGGCGGCACUACUCUGGUUGGUACCCAUACGUGAGAGGGGCUCUUGGGUGGUCAGCGAACGGUCGCCAGCCAGAGGGGGCGACAGCAGCUUCUCACUCAUGGUUGCAAUCCCCUUGCCACCAUCAUGGAGGUCCAGGGCGGCCGAGAUACCCCCGACACCACCAACACCCGUCGCCCUUGAAUCGCCCCCUUCCCGUCUCUCAAACGCAUCGGGGCUGAGGCUUCUGCCCCGCCUGAAGGCACUCAGUGCCCGCACGGCCGUGGCCACUGAUCGGAACCGCCGGAGUGCGUCGGAUGGAGGGUCCAUAGCUGUGCUGCUGGCCUCCCGUGAGGGCGGACUGUUUUCUCGUGUGAGGCUGUUGGACCUGCCCUGCAGGCUUCCGGGUGUGGAUGUCCUCCUGAGGAUGUCGCUGGCCUGCCGGAUGAAGGCUGGGGUGGAGGGGGUCCGCUGCACCGUGGAGGAAGAGUUGGUGGCGGACCCGCGUGUGCCAAACCGCUUGCUCUUCUUCUUGACCAUCGCAGCCUUCCUGCUGCUGAUCACUAUCCCCUGCAAGUAGAUGCAAACAGACAGCCACACGGGGUGGGCGGCUGGCUGGAUGGUCAAACCACACCGAUCCCAUGCUAACUAAGGUGCGUGCUUACCUUGAGCAUUCGGAUGCCGACAGGUUCCCUGCUGGUGCCUGCCAGCAGCAGGUUGGGGUCGAUGCGUUUGAUCUCCUCUCUGGCCUCGGCCAGCUGCUUCUGUGUGGCCUGGCGGUGGAAGACCCGCACGAUGGCCUCGUGGACGAAGAACACGUCGAAGUAGGCCACCGCCUUGUGCAGCUGCGGCGCUACCGCCUCCUGAACUACCUCCUUGACGAAAUCCCUGACACACGAUCAACGAGACAAGGGACACCAGUUCCACAAUCCAUAUGCUCUCAUGCCAUGCGUGGCGUCGUAUGGGUGUCAGUCAUUCACUGACUUUUCUCUUUCUGAGAGUCGUGAGAUGUCGAGCAGCUCGCCCCUGGCGCCCUCUCCCUUGCGCAGGUAAAUCUUGCCCUGGUCCAGCAUGACGAUUGACCGGAUCACCUUGGGCACCGGCGGCGGCCAGAUGUACUUGGUGCACCAACCCGACACACGACGGCCGAAUGACGACUGGUGCUUCCCUCCGUGGGGCUCCUUGCCGUCCUCUUCAUUGCUGUCACCAGCCCCUUCCUCUUGUUGCUUGAGGUUAUCGAGGGCCUUUGUCCGUGUGUCCAUCCAGGCCUUGAUGUAGGACCGGCAGAACCACAGCAGCGCCCGCACCACAAACACACCCUGCAGGCAGGCAUAUGGGGGGAUCAAGACAGAAAUGUAUGUAUGUAUGCGGACGAAGAGAGAGAGAAGGGCGGGUGGGUGGGUGUUGACAUACGUACGUGGAACACGAUGAUGAAUAUGACGACGGCGUACUCGGCACCCAUCUCCAGCACACUCGACUCGGCAUUCAAACUCUCCUGUGUACCGCAUCCAUCGCACACACACAACACAACACAGCGGGAUUCAAUGAAUGCGUAUGAGCUGCCAGUGAAUCAGCCAGCGGCCAUCCACCCACCCAUCCCUACCAGCACGGGUACACAGAGUAGUGUGAGGAGGUAUGCCCAGAGUGCGUGUGCCUCCAGCGAGUCGCACACCUUGAACGCCCUGUUGUCGUACGGCUCAUAACACGCUAGAAACACAUGGAUGACACACACCCCACGUUGUCCAUUUCUGAAUCGCCCCUGAGUCUCCCUCCCUCUGUCUGUCCGUCUCUUGCUCACCGUUAAGGAAGAGUGACACGACGGCCAGCAGAAGGAAGACGAUCAGCUGAUGUGUGGAGUUGACGAACGGCAGGGCCUCGGGCAAGUCGACCAUCACACGACGAAACAUCGCCCACGCCUCCCCUUAUAUAUAUGACACACACAUGUCAUGACACACACAACAAAGCCGUGUCAGCCAAUAGUGUUUGUGUGCGUGGUGCCUGAGGCUCACUUACACCAGUAGAACUGUGGUUCAUAUCCGCUGUAGAGGAAUCCAUAUCGCUUCUUGACGUUUUCCUCGUGGAGUCUGUGUCGUAUGCGCCACAUGACGACCACGACGAGGAGGGGCAGGCCGAGGGUCCACAGCAGCACCCCAGCCACCGACAGCCAGUACCAGGGCAUGUGGUCGCCCUCACACACCACACUCGGGGCGGCAUCCACUCGCGGACGGUCUAUCGUGAUGCAAUUCAUGUUGAUCACAAAUUGCUGAACAAACCAACAAACCAAACAAACGACAAAUGAAUGAAUGGGCGGGCACUGUAUUGUUGCUGUUUGUCUGUCUAUUGUCCGUCGGCUUGGCUUGGCUUCCCUCUGUCUUCUCUCUUUUUAGCCUACACACCCCAGCCCACCUUGGUCAUGAGAGGGUGGAGCAGUACGAUGAGUACGACAAUACAUGAGGUGGCCUUCUGGCCGACCUCAGCCCAGAAACUCUGCUCCUCAUCCUCCUUGCCACGCAAAAAGUUCUGCAGCCGACCCAAAUACACGUUGUUGGUCUGAUCCUGCUGAUCACCCCCACGACCACUAGCACCCUCCAAUGCAGUACCACCAGCACCCCCGCCACCGCUGCCACUGCCGGCUGCCGCUCCUGCUGCUCCUGCUGUCGGCUGCGACUCUGUCUUGGGCCGUCUCUUGCGGGAGACCCAGACCUUGGCAGCGUAGAAGCCCGUGAUGACCAUGACAGUGGCUGGGGGGAAGAGGAACGCGAGUAUGCAGAGGACGUGUAUCGCGGGCAUCGAGACGACGGCGCACUCGAGGCCGACGAAGUUGAGAAGCGGAUUCGUGAGCGACUCAAGGUACAUGAUGAAGGACGAGAUCGACUGGACGCUCUGCAGACUCACCACCUCCAUCGCCAUCCCCACAGCUGGACCGCUGCAACCAACAAAUGCAAUCAAUCCAAUGCAGACAGACAGACAGGGAGGGAGGGAGGAAGGAAAACAAAAACACACGACAUUCAUUCGUUUAGCCAUGGCAGUCAGUCAGUCAGUCAGUCAGGGGGGAGGGGAUCUCACUCGGUCACUCACUGACCAUAUCUCAAACCACGUCUGGGCGAUUUUGAAUAUGGAUCCCUGAACGCCCACCGACUCAGCGCCGUCGAUGAGUGUCCACCUCAUGAGGAAGGCCGCCAUCCCGAAGCACACCCCGAGGAUGAGGCCCAGCUUGACCCACGCCCACCAGGGAUCCUCACACUCGCGACACGGACCGUAGUGCAGAAACGGAUCCGCAAACCCAUCCCUACACACAGACAAGACAGACAGCCAGUACUGCAGUACACCACUAACCUGCGUGUGUGUACGUCUGUGUGUGUGUGUGCCUCCCCUCCCUCUCUCUCUUGUGUUAGUUAACACGACCGACUCACUGGCAUGUGAGGCAGAGGUCGCCGGUGGAUCCCUUCUGGCACACAUUCUCCCCCAAGCACCGCUCCUCGUCGGGGCACUGCAGGAACGUGUACAGCUUGGACGACUGCGCGUACACGUCAAAGUCAGCCUGGUCGUUGGCAGACGGACCACCACCACCACCUGCCGCUGACGCAUUGCCCGAAGCCGAUGGUGCUGCUGCUCCUGACGGUGAUGACGAGACGGCAGAUUUGCCAGCCAUGGGUGGGGCUGGCGUGCCGCUUCGCUGUUCGUUCCCCUGCCAGUCACCGGGUGCGAGGAAGGUUGUGAACCGAUGGUAGCCGGAGAGGGCCACCGGGUUAGCUCGCUGCUCGGGCAACGUGCAGUUGGCACCAAUUGGACACUGUAAUCCAUGUUAUCAAUCACCCACACGGACAGACAAGAGGUAUGUGCAGGCGGUGCUGUGCUGUGUCCAGAUGCCUUGGCUGGCUGGCUGGGCUGACCAUGGUGCAAGUGGACGCCGCGGCCUCCUCUGCGAUUGUGCCCUCAGGGCACUCGGAACACUUGGCGGACGACAUGAACGCUGCGAAAAAACCAGGCCUGACACACGUGACACAUAAACACACACACACAUGACACAUUGCAGUGUGUCUGUGGCUGCCCCCCUCCCCUCCCCUCCCCUCCCCUCCCCCCCGCCCAACUGACUCACUCGCAUGGCAGGCAGGAGAUGGCGGCUCUGCCGGCGUGGUAUCCCUUGGGGCAUCUGUUGCACUCAAACAUCCCGGGUCGUGGCGAGGCGUUGCCCACAGGGCAUGCCUCGCACUGCUCCAUAUCGUCCCUGCGGUAGUAUCCGGGGCUGCAUGGGCGGCAGAAGUCCGACGACCGCCACUCGUCGUCCACCACAAAAUGGCGCCACAGGGCUGGCUUGGGCGGCUCGUACCCGGGCCGGCAACCAAACAUGAGCUGCUCAAACACCACACGCAGCUGCUCCCUCACCUGGCAAUCAUCAAACCAUCCAUCCCAAAGACACAGACAUUCAGACACUGGUCGGCCGGUCGGUGCAUCCAUCCGCUACCACUGACUGACCAUUUUCUCAGCGAGGCUCUUGGGUAUGCCUGGGGUGAGGGAUGGGUUCUCGAAUAGGGUGAUCUGGUUCUCCAGGGGGACGUUAUAGAAGACGUCGGGUAUGUUGCCCGAGAGCUCGUUGCCGUGGAGGAAGAUCGACCGUGCCUUGGUGAGGUUGCCCAUCGACACAGGCAGCUCACCACUCAACCUGAGGGGAGGGGGGCGCCGAGAGAGCGAGACACCCAAUAUACAUAAUGCCAGUCCAUCGAUGCCAUCGAUGGGGCGUCUUGUGUGUGUGGAGUGGGUAAGUCAGACAGACAGUCCAUGCAUACAUACUUGUUGUAUUGCAUGUACAGGUGUGUGAGGUUCUUCAUGCCGGGGUAGGUCACGUUGCCGUCCUGCCCCUCGCCACCGCCUAUGCACGCCGGCACACUCCCCUGCAUGUUGUUGCGCGCCAUCUCAAACCUGACACACAGACAGACAGAGCAGAUAAGCAGAAAGGUGGCCGACUGAGUGUUGGUGUCAUUCAUUCAUUCAUUCAUUGAUUGAUAUCCCCUCACUGACUCUUCCAGCAUGGUGAGCAUGCAGACUUGGUCUGGCAGCUGGGCCUCCAGUCGGUUGCCCCCCGCCUUCAGAAUCGUCAGGGAACCGCAGUGGCCGAUCGAACGCGGCAACGUCCCCCUCAGCGAAUUCUGAACACACACACCACAACACACCACACGCACAAACACACACACAUGGACGUACCGUACGUACGUACGUCAAGACACCGCAUGCACCCUCGAGUCAGUCGAUGCUUGUGCGUGCAGUGCUUCCACCCACAUGACAUACAUACAUGUCCACAUACACGUACGUACCUCUUCGAGAUAGAGUUCUUUGAGCUUUGAUUUCUGGGAGGGGUCUUGUGGGCACAGGUUGGGUGUGAGGUCGGGGAUCUGGCCGUCGAACUUGUUCUUGGCCAGGUUGAUGCUGCUGCAGUGCGACAGCUGACCUAUCUCGGCCGGGAUAGCACCACCCAAGUCUGCUCUCAUACCAUACCAUACACCACCGCACACACCCAACACGGGCACACAUGACAUGUCAGUCGACCCAUUUAUCCAUCCAUCCAUAAGUACAGACACUGACUGACUGAUUCAUGUGUGGGAAGGGAAGGUAGCUAAGCUGACCGGCGGCCUGCAGCAUGAGUUCAUAAUCCUCUUCGUUGCAUAUGAUGGCGUCCCACAUUCGGCAGAAGGUCCGGCUGAUGUUGAACCGGCCCAGCGACUCGACUCCCUGGUUGUUCUCCAGUAGGGCGAAGUAGAGGUCGGCCACUGCCAGUUUGUCGUCUGCGCAGACUUUGCAGCUCUCACCGCAGAACAAGCAAUCGCGGGGCGUCUCCGCCACCCCCCCUGGCCACACCAGGUCCGACUCGUUGGUGAAUCGCCAGCUGUCCGUCUCCCACUUGGCCACCUCCGCCCAGUCCGUGCCCUGGUUGUUCAUCAGGACGUAUCGCCCCUCUCCCUCCCUGUCUUCACCCAGGUGCACACGACCAGUGACGCCGUCGAAGUCUAUGUCGGGCAGGGCGUCGAGGAGCAGCCUGCCGAGGGGGUUGACUUCGAAUGAUGCGCUGGACACGUUGGCGGCUGAGGUCGUCUCGUUGUCUGCUGGCUCGGGUAGUGUGCCGUUGAAGCCCUUCAGGGCCUGGUCGAGGGCUCGUGCGGCCAGCUGUGCGGCGUCAUAGCUGUAGAGCACGUAGUUGCUCAGCGACUCCUCCUCCGCUCGCGUCAGGUUCAGACGGGGAACAAAACUGAUGUCCACACACAGAGCAGCAAACAUUCGUGACGGUGCGGGGCAUUAUGGGUUCUCUGUUGUCUGGCGCUUUGGUAUCUACCCUCCCUCCCACCUAUCGGCGGCUCCGCCUUGGCUGCUGAGUGAAGGUGUGACAGCCAUGAAGCCCUGAGUGAUGUUGGUGAAGUCGGGCUCAGAGAAUAUCCGGGGCAUCGUGUCCGUCCCUAGCCAGGCCUGAACAACACAACACAACACAACACACCCAGACAGACAGAGGACAACAAGACAGACACAUCAGAUCAGUCAAAUCAGUCAGUCAGUCAGCCACGUGUGUGUGUGGCUGUGCUGUGUAUGUCUGUUGUGCGUACGCACCGUGCCCCUGGUGAAUAUGCCGAUUUGGUCCCCCGCUCGCAGGACGGUGUGCAGUAUCGACGCACUCACCGCCAUCACAAACACCGCCGCAUCGUACUGAUUCCGCGACAAACCUACACUCACAUGCCAUGACCCACACACACACAUGCCGCGCAGCAGGCACAGACCCAGUGCAAUGCCUGUCCUGUGUGCUUUGUUUGGUCUAGUUACCAGAGAGUAUUUCGACGGCUGUGUUUGGGUUCCUCACGGCCAGCUCGAAAUUGUCGGUCGACACGUCGUAGUCCUCGCGCAUCGACACAAACGUGUUCUGAAUGCCACGCCCGUACGUGUCAUCCUGAUGGAACCCAGGCAGGCAACACACGCACAGCACACAUUCCUCGGUGCGGAUGGCUGGCUGUCAAAAGUCUGUCCUUCCGUUUUGAUGGACCGACCGACCGAGUGGAUGAUGACCAGUUUGGUCCACCUAAAUCGCUUUGCCAGGGAGAGAAUGGCCCGCACCUGAGAGGCGUCACUCGCCGCAAGACCGAAGAAACUCUCGUGCCUGUAGGUAAGACACACAUCACAUCACAUGCAUCCGUCGGUCCGCUCAUCAAUCCAUCCAUCCAUCCAUCCAUCCGGUGCAGCGCAUCUGUCACAGACCUGAAAAUGUCCGGUGCAGUAGCGGAUGGCGAGACGAGAGGGAUCCUGAAGAAUCCCGCCAGUGGGAGCGCCUCGGCCGCCAUGGCGCUGCUCAUGGGCCCCACGAUGAUGGACGCACGGGCAGCUAUCAGCCGCCGCACCGCCAGCAGCCCAGCCACAGGGUCGUCCGUGUUGUCCUCCACCAUCAGCCGCACCGUCCUGUUGCCCAGCAGCGUCUCGUUGGCAUUAAUGUCGUCCACCGCCAGCUGUAUCGCCCGCUGACGGGUGCCGUCGUUGGCCUGGUUGAGCAGGGCGCCCAUCAGCAGGACAGAUGUGUUGUUGGGUUGCGCUGAGGCGGCCACCACCAGGCCCGCCACCACAGCCAGGCUCACAAAACCUCUCAUCCUCAUGCACUGCACCGGCAGUCGCAAUCGUCGGGCCGGGCGGCAAGAGAGGGAAUGCAGACACAGAUCGGCUGCACUGCUGACUCGGCGGUGUCGUCAAGAUCUCCUCAUGCGAUGAUGCACGUCGCGCUGUUCGUCGUAACCGAGGUGUUGCAUAUGAGUUCAGAGACAGCCGCCAGGUGGAAAUCGUCGACGAUCUUCAGCCUUGCACUGGCCACAGCUGAGUCACAGCACCACGCCUGUCUUUAAAAAGAAGAAAGAUCGUGGGACGACG